AUGCUUAAGAAAAAGGAAAAGUUUAAGAAUGAAUGUAACACAAGUGAUCACUGUGUAAGAUUUUGUUGUGAAAACCAUUCAACAUGUAAUGACGACUUUAUCAAAAAGAAUUUUCAUCUAAAUAAUUUACUGCAACUUCCUGACGAUUUCGAGUAUAGUGCUAGCGAAUCAUUGAACAGAAGCAUCAGAAUUUUAUAUGGGAAACCUUCGUGUGUUGCUCAUACAAUUUACACAAAUAAUGGCACAGGAAUGUACACGUUCCAGUAUAAUUACUUGUACGUUGAUGAUUAUUAUUAUAAUGAAGAGAAAUUCUGCUUCCAAGAUGAGAAGAUUAAUGGUGAGAUCGAAUGGAAAAUUAAUUAUUGCAAAUAUGACCACGACUUUAAAAAAAUAUUUUAUUUAAUCGUAUUCUCUGCAGCAGUGAUAAUGUUGAGCACUGUUGUCAUAAUUUAUGCUUUCGUCAGAGAACUGAAAACUCUCCAUGGGCGGAUUGUGUUGAUGUCAACUGCAAGUUUAAUUUUUGAUUAUAUUUUAUGUCACACUCCCUUAUUGGAUAUCUUUUUCAAAACAUAUUCAAGUUUUACUUUCAUCAUGGUUUUUUCAAUCUCAUUUGCAAUUAAAGUUCAUUGGUUGACCAUCAUGUGUUUUGACAUCUGGUUGACAUUUCGAAAACUUAGAUCAUCCUCUGAUGGAAUGGAAAGAUUCAAAUAUUAUUGCUUUUAUGCAUUUGGAUUGACAGGAUUGGAAAUGUUUUUCUACAUAAUCGAUACUGGAAAAUAUGUUUCUUUUUUCGGAAUCUUAUCAGGAAGAAUGAUUAACGAAAUGAUCAACCCAUUUUGUUGUGAAAAUCAUUCAACAUGUAAUGACGACUUUAUCAAAAAGAAUUUCCAUCUAAAUAAUUUACUGCAACUUCCUGAUGAUUUUGAGUAUAGUGCUAGCGAAUCAUUGAACAGAAGCAUCAGAAUUUUAUAUGGGAAACCUUCGUGUGUUGCUCAUACAAUUUACACAAAUAAUGGCACAGGAAUGUACACGUUUCAUGAUAAGUACUUGUACGUUGAUAAUUAUUUUUACAAUGAAGAGAAAUUCUGCUUCCAAGAUGAGACGAUUAAUGGUGAGAUUGAGUGGAAAAUUCGUUAUUGCAAGUAUGACCACGACUUUAAAAAAAUAUUUUAUUUAAUCGUAUUCUCUGCAGCAGUGAUAAUGUUGACCGCUGUUGUCAUAAUUUAUGCUUUCGUCAGAGAACUGAAAACUCUCCAUGGGCGGAUUGUGUUGAUGUUCACUGCAACUUUGGCUUUUGAUUAUAUUUUCUGUCACACUCCCUUAUUACAUGGCUUUGGUGAAACAUUUCCAAGUGCUGUUUUCAUCAUGAAUACAGUUUCAUUUGCAAUAACAGUUCAUUGGUUGACCAUCAUGUGUUUUGACAUCUGGUUGACAUUUCGAAAACUUAGAUCAUCCUCUGAUGGAAUGGAAAGAUUCAAAUAUUACUGCUGUUAUGUAUUUGGAUUGACAGGAUUGCAAGUCCUUUUCUUGCUCGGUGAAUAUUUGUUUUAUGAUGGCUUGUGGAGGAAAUUUCGCCCAUUAGUUGUCAUAACAUUCACUGCGUUUUAUUUUAUUGCUUGGAUUGUACAUCUGGUAUUGGUGAUUAUCACUGGCAUCAAAAUAUUCAAAAUGUCGAAGGCUUCAAACAACUCAGAACAUUCGUGGUUCGAGAGUGAAACAUUAAGAUACUGGAAAUAUGUUUCUGUUUUCGGAAUCUUAUUAGUAAAUGUAAUUAACGAAAUGAUGAACCCGUCAAUCGAUUUCGAAAUGCAUUAUUCUAGUCUUUCUGCUAUUUUGAAUUUCCAUCGAAAUAAUUUAAUACAACAUUCUGAUGAUGACGAGUAUAGAGUUGGUGAUUCAUUGAAUAGAGGCAUCAGAAUUUUAUACGGGAAACCUUCGUGUGUUGCUCAUACAAUUUACACAAAUAAUGGCACAGGAAUGUACACGUAUAAUUACUUGUACGUUGAUGAUUAUUAUUAUAAUGAAGAGAAAUUCUGCUUCCAAGAUGAGAAGAUUAAUGGUGAGAUCGAAUGGAAAAUUAAUUAUUGCAAAUAUGACCACGACUUUAAAAAAAUAUUUUAUUUAAUCGUAUUCUCUGCAGCAGUGAUAAUGUUGAGCACUGUUGUCAUAAUUUAUGCUUUCGUCAGAGAAUUGAAAACUCUCCAUGGACGGAUUGUCUUGAUGUUCACUGCAACUUUAGCUUUUGAUUAUAUUUUAUGUCACAAUCCCUUAUUAUAUGGCGUUUACGAAAAUUUCACAAGAACUAUUUUCAUCAUGAAUACAGUUUCACUUGCAAUGACAGUUCAUUGGUUGACCAUCAUGUGUUUUGACAUCUGGUUGACAUUUCGAUACUGGAAAUAUGUUUCUGUUUUCGGAAUCUUAUUAGUUAAUGUUAUUAACGAAAUGAUGAACCCAAAACUUAGAUCAUCCUCUGAUGGAAUGGAAAGAUUCAAAUAUUACUGCUGUUAUGUAUUUGGAUUGACAGGAUUGCAAGUCCUUUUCUUGCUCGGUGAAUAUUUGUUUUAUGAUGGCUUGUGGAGGAAAUUUCGCCCAUUAGUUGUCAUAACAUUCACUGCGUUUUAUUUUAUUGCUUGGAUUGUACAUCUGGUAUUGGUGAUUAUCACUGGCAUCAAAAUAUUCAAAAUGUCGAAGGCUUCAAACAACUCAGAACAUUCGUGGUUCGAGAGUGAAACAUUAAGAUACUGGAAAUAUGUUUCUGUUUUCGGAAUCUUAUUAGUAAAUGUAAUUAACGAAAUGAUGAACCCGUCAAUCGAUUUCGAAAUGCAUUAUUCUAGUCUUUCUGCUAUUUUGGUGUUUUGUUCAGC